AUGUCAGCCAGUGAUAUGUUUACUUGUAAGCGCUGUGAUGUCCAGUCGAGAGAUGGUGCCAUGUGUGUGUCUUGUAAGGCGAAAUUUGACUUCCCUUGUGCUGGGAUCACUGAGGCGGGAUGGAGAAGGCUUGGUGAGCGUAAAUUAACAUGGAGAUGUCAAAACUGCAAGGCUGCACCGGUUGCCAGUCCUCAAACUGGUAAUUUGAAGACGUCACCAGCAAACUCGGAGACCAUAAUGCUUGAGCUUCAAGACCUUUCAAGCAAAUUGGAAGCACUGCCUGCGCUAAUGGAGAGCGUUAAGGUAAUCCAGAGGGAGCUCGCUGAAUUAAAAACCAUUCGGCAAGAGGUAUCGGAGAUGAAACUGUCCUUUGAGUCCUACCAUCGGGAGAUUCAAGCUUUGACCAGCAAAGUGACAGACCUGGAAGAUGAAAUCGAGUCAAUGAAGAAAACCAAGGAAGCUGUGGUUACCUUGCAGGACAGAAUUGCUAAGCUGGAGAGACUGCAGUCUGAGAACGAACAAAGAUCUCGCAUGAAUAACAUUGAGAUAAAGGGAGUACCUAUGUCCAAGGAUGAAGACUUGUUCGCAAUAAUGGCUAAGAUCGGUGAGGCAAUUGAUUUCAAUGUACAAAAAGAGCAAAUUAACUAUAUUGCAAGGGUGCCAACACGUAACGAUAAAGUUAACAAAAACAUUAUUUGCUCUGUGCACAACAGCUACCUUAAAAACGAUUUUAUAACUGCUGCGAAGAAACAUAAGAAAUUACAUGCUGGAGACCUUGGCUUUCAGGGCAGUACCAGAGUGUAUAUCAAUGACCACUUAACACUUGAAAAUAAACUCUUGCUCAAUAAGACCAAAGUGCAAGCGGCUGAACGUGGCUUUGAGCAUGUGUGGGUUAGAGGCUGCAAAAUCCUUGUGCGAAAAAACUCCUCGUCCCCAAAAUACUGCAUCAAAACAGAACAGGAUUUAAAAAAGUUUGUGGGCUAA